AAAUCAUUGCUGUCUGAGACUUUACCUCAGUCAAAUGUGUAAAAAUAAUUCGAAAUAUUUAAGAAUUUUUAUCAAUAUGGAUCUAAAAAAUGUAUUUCCACUUUUUGCCGUCUUCUUCCUUCUGGGAUUCCAGCAGGUGAUCUCAACAAGUCCUACAACUUCAGAUGACCACGGGGAAUUCGGUCAGUUACUGGCAUAUAACCUCGACUUAAAGGAAAUGAUACAAAUUCUCAAACAGAAGGAUUUAGAUAGGGAACUUGAAAAUAAAGAACUUAGAGGGAUAUUACAUCACUCAACUGAUAAUGGCCAACUAAGUAAAGCAGUUGAGGAUUUACGGAGCACAAUUGUGCAACAGAAUAUUCAUUUAGCCAAUAUUGACGAUUUCAUCACAAAUACAGUUAGCAUGCAAAAAAUUGCAAAUGAAAAUUUACUCAAAAAUGCAUUGAACGAAGAGAAACAGGUGGAGGAGAAAGUAAGAUCACAGAUUUUGAUUGAGAAUUUGAAGCGGAAGAUACAACAUCUGGAAGAAAAUUUGGAAAAUAUUCAACGCAAAUCAGCAAAAGACCAAGACGAAUGCAUAGCCGAACAAAAUAAUUUAAGAAAUAAAAUAGAAGAAAUCUUGAGAGAUAAGAAAGAGGAGAGAGGGAAAGGUAAGACUAGACAAACGCAAAUGGAAACGAAAUUGAAGGGAGAAUUAGAGAAUCUUAAAGAGAACUUGGCAAAUCAAAAAACAAAUCUAGAAAAAGCAAUGAAUGACCUUGAGUCUAAAAAUAAAAAAUUGGAAGAAUAUCAGACGAAAGAAAAUAAUUAUAACAAUAAAAUUAUAGAUUUUAAGUCAGAAAUUGCAUCUCUAAAGGAAAAGUUUGAAAAAUCUCAGGACCAAUUGGCUGAUUCAAAUCAUUUAGUUAAAAGACAUUCUCUUCAACUAAACCAAACUGAAAAAAAUUUAAUAGAGUGUCUGGAAAAAAUACCAAAAACUGGUUGCAAGAGCCUCUCAUCGGGAAUUCAUAAAAUAGAAAUUCCCCGACUUGAUCCGUUUUCAGCUCUUUGCAACGGAGAUAUAGAAGAUGGUGGAUGGAUAGUGAUCCAUAAUCGAUAUAACGGUAGUCUAGACUUUAAUAAAACUUGGACUGAGUAUCGUAAUGGUUUCGGUGAUUUGAAAGGAGAAUUCUUUAUUGGUCUUGAGAAUUUGCAUCGCAUCACCCAUUCACAAAUCUAUGAACUUUACGUGGAAUUAGGAUAUUUCGAUGGAAGAUUCCAAUUUACCAGUUAUGAUAGUUUUAGAAUUGGUAACAAAAAUACUAAUUAUGCAUUGGAGUCCUUGGGAGAGUUUCGAGGCACAGCUCUGAAUAGAAUGCCCUACAAUUUAAAUCAACCAUUUUCCACCUUUGAUCAUGAAAAUGAUCAAAUGCCCGAUAAUUGUGCUGGAAAACAUGGUCCCUGGUGGCACAAAGAUUGCGGCUGGAUCCGACUUAAUGCAAAAUAUUUCAAAAGUGAAGUUGUAAAUUGUUCAAGUAUGAGCCUGGGUAAUUGCAUUUCACUCAAAUCUGCCAGGAUGCUUAUCAGACCAAAAUAAAAUUUGAUUGCAUCAAGAUCAAUCGAAAUACGCAAUACAAAAAGUUAUGUAAUUUAAUAAAAAUAUAGAAAAAGGGAUAACACCUUUCUAGGGUGGACGAUUUCCCUUUUCGGACAAUUGUGUUUUUCCUGGGUGAGGUUCCCUAUCUGCCUUAGACAAUUUUUACAAUUUCACUGUAACUUAAAUAAAAUUAAAUU